AUGCGCAUAUCAUUAUGGUUCUUUAUAGGAAUCAGUUGUACCUUAGCCGAUGAUACUAUAUCUAGAGUAGACGAAACCAAAUACAGUAUUGCCAAAGAAAAAAAAUAUUUGAUAUAUGAUGUUAAUAGGGGAGAAGGCUUUAAUCUUAGACGCGAUGUAUAUAUGAGAAUAGCCAAUAGUGUUCGAACUUUGAGAGAAUCAGGUGAGAACUUUGUCUUGGUUUUACCUCCAUGGGGAGGAUUGUUUCACUGGGAUAGACAGAAGACUAGAGUGCCUUGGGGUACCUUUUUCGAUAUAAAAAGCUUGAAUGAGUUUGUUCCUGUCAUAGAGUUCGAACAAUUCUUAGAAGAAAAUCCUACACGAGUGAUUGACAAUGUGAUCUACUUGCAACACUAUGCCGAAGGAUGGGGAACGAAGUAUGAGCUCAAGUUUGAAAAGAGGGAUUGCAUGGAUGGACAGAAGUAUUAUAAAUAUGAAAAGGACAAGCAGAAAUGGGCCGGAUGGUUCUUCUCAUUCCCAGAUGUAUUAGCUAAGAACUUCGAAUGCAUUUCUAUUCAAGGAGAAUCGAGAACGCUGACUAACCUUAUUAAAGAGUUGUACCCAAAUACCACGAGUAUUUUCGUGGACCGUGGGGAAACUAUUUUACAUGAAGAUUAUGGAGGCGUUGACUACUGGAAGGCUAGAAGAAGCAUGCGUUAUGCAGAAAACUUGGUGAAUGAAGCCGCUAAGUUCAGAAAGGAGUAUCUCGAUUCAGAAGACUCAGCUGAUAGAACUAUCUUGCCCGAGUCCUGGAUUCAAGAAUCCGCUAGGCGCGAUGCUAUAGGAGGUCCCUACAUCUGUGCUCACUGGAGAAGGAGAGAUUUUGUUCGAGCGCAUGGCAAGAAUUUGCCUUCCAUUAAAGGAACUUCGAAAAUAUUGAAUGAGUUGGCCAAGAAGCAUAAGGUGGGAAAGGUGUUCUUAGCUACUGAUGCUGAACCACAUGAGUUAGAAGAGCUCAAGAAGACGAUGAACGUAGAAACACUAACUUAUAAGAAUCUAGAUUUAUCGGAUGGAGAGAUAGCAGUAGUUGACCAGAUUAUUUGUUCUCACGCUCGUUACUUCACCGGAAGUCAUGUGUCUACUUUCUCAUACAGAAUUCAAGAAGACAGAGAGAUUCUGGGAUUCAAGCCGGAAACAACUUUCAAUAGAAUGUGUGGUGAUAAGGAGAAAGACUGUGAACAGCCUUCAAAAUGGAAGAUAACUCACUAG